GUGUGGCUGGAGGCCAUUGGUUGUCACGGUCACGGUGCCUGUCUGCGGUCCGCGUGCGGGGUUGCCCUGCCUGGCAGACAUGAUUCGGGCUGGCCGCCUGUACCGGGCCCUGGGGCUCCUCCGAGCCCGCCCCCUGCCGGACCCCGCCGCGGGCUCCGCGCCGCCGUCCCGCCGGCUCCGCACCGGCCACCCCCAGCGCCGGGACAUCUUCGCCGACCUGGAGAAGGACAUAUUGCAGUUCUACAAGAAGUUAAAAGAAGCCCUCCCGGGCAGUGAUUGGACCCCCAUGCGUAUCACAAAGGGUCUCCCUCCUGAGCGUGCAGAUGUGGUCAUCGUGGGGGGAGGGGUGAUGGGCUGGUCCGUCGCCUACUGGCUGAAGGCGCUAGAGCCCAAGAGAGACACGCUCCGAGUGGUCGUGGUUGAGAAGGACCCAACGUACUCGCGAGCCUCCACAGUGCUCUCUGCGGGAGGGAUUCGGCAGCAGUUCUCCUUGCCAGAAAACAUCCAGAUGUCCCUCUACUCAGCGUUCUUCCUGCGCACGAUCAACGAGCAUUUGGGGGUUUUGAAUGAGCCACCCAUAGAUAUUCAGUUUAACCCCUCGGGGUACCUCUUCCUGGCCUCGGAAGAUGAAGCUGCCAAGUUGGAGGAGAACGUGCGCAUUCAGAGGGCCGAAGGAGCUGAGGUCUCCCUUCUGUCACCAGCGCAACUGAAGAAGAAGUAUCCAUGGAUAAAUACCGAUGGUGUGGCUGUGGCAUCCUAUGGCCUAGAAAAUGAGGGUUGGUUUGAUCCUUGGUCCCUCCUCAAUGCCUUCAGGAGAAAAGCAAUGUCCAUGGGUGUCUAUCAGUGCUUCGGAGAAGUGACAUCCUUUACCGUCUCCUCCAUAGAAGUAAUGACGCCUGAAGGGGAGCUGACCUUCUCCCGUAUUAAGCAUGUCCGCGUCCAAAUGCCCAACAGUUUGGAGUACCAGCCGGUGGAGUGCGCCUUGGUGGUCAAUGCAGCUGGUCCCUGGUCACAGAAGCUGGCCGAGAUGGCCAGUGUUGGGAUCGGGCCACCCGACACCCAAGAAGGGAUCGAGCUGCCAGUGGAGCCCAGGAAAAGGUACAUCUUUGUGUGGCACUGUCCCGAUGGGCCCGGCCUGGACUGUCCCAUGCUGGUUGACACCACAGGGGUUUAUUUCCGCCGGGAAGGCCUGGGAGGCAACUACUUGGGAAGCCUCAGCCCGGCAGAGGAGGAAGAGCCAGACAUCCAAGACCUAGAAGUCGAUCAUGAUUUCUUCCAGGAGAAGGUCUGGCCCUGUCUGGCCCGUCGGGUGCCAGCGUUUGAGUCCCUGAAGGUGAAGAGUGCCUGGGCUGGCUACUACGACUACAACACGUUUGACCAGAACGCCGUGCUGGGCCGACACCCGCUGGUGGAGAACCUGUUCUUCAUCACGGGGUUCAGCGGGCACGGGUUGCAGCAUUCGCCGGCAGCGGGCAGGGCUGUGGCCGAGCUCAUUGUGGAAGGCAAGUUCAAGACCAUCGACCUGGAGAAGUUCUCCUUCAAAAGGUUCGUCUCUGGGGAGCAGAUCCUCGAGAGGAACAUUGUCUGAGAGCUUGGAACUAACCACCCAGCAGGUGGGUCCCACCUCCUCUCCUCCCCAGAUCCGUAACACACUGUCCGCGCCCGUGAGCAUCUAGGAGCUCUGCAGCCUGACAGCUUGUUAGCUCAGGAUUCUGAUGUGGAAACUGAGGUAUGGAGAGAAGCGACUAGCCAUGGGCCAUGCCGUAUGUUGGUGUCUGAGCUGGGAAUAGAAUCCAGGCCCCUGCUCUACUCACUGGGCGACGCUUCCUGUUGGGUUUGACUCCUGAAUCCCCCUCUCCCCUCCUCCCAGCUGUUGACCCAAUCACCCCAUUAGCUGCAGGAGAAAACGCGUGCCCCUGCUCGGUGAUGGAGGUUGCAGCACAGGGCUGGCAGCAGACUGUACUCAAACACGCCCUUUCUACCUGCCUGGUGUCCCUGACGUCUCUCGAGGUCUCUGGUGCUGGCUCAUCCGCCCCAGAGAUUAACAGCUUCUGUGUAUCCCACAACCCAUAUACAGAUCUCAGAUAAUUGCUGUGUCCAGCUACUGCUACUAUGGGCCAAAUUCAGCCUGCUGAUGUGAGGUGAAAGGCUCCAUAUCCCACUUCACCCCUCAGAGCCAUUCACUCCUUGUUCCCAUAGCCGAAAUAGGCUCUCUCUCCAUCAGAGCCUGUGAUACAUCCGCCUGUCCCCUGUGUCUAACCUCUCCAAGCUCCAAAAGGCACUCGCUCUUUUCUAGGCUCUGCUCAUCCUGGGAACAGGAAUUAACCGAUUUGGUUCCACAGCCUAUUGUCUUCCAACUCCUGCAUGUAGAGUGAAAUCCUUAACAGCUGGGAGACUAAGAACAUCCAUGUUAGAGGCUGUUCAUAUGGCUCUUAGAGUGCUUUAUCUUAAUCCCACCCUCCUGUUUCUUCAAGGCCUCAUUUUUCUGGUCAAAUUCCAAUUUGGCUAAUCAUUCUGCCUACCUCCAUAGCCCUUCCAGUGUCCCUUUCUUCACUUCCCAUCCCAAACUGUUGUAUGCUGUUAUAUGGAUGUCACAUUCCACCCCAGAGGUGGCUGCAUUCCAACGUUACUUAAAAUGGUCCCUGUGUGUAGAAUUUUAAUCCCCUCCCCCCCCAGUGGGGUUGCAAAAUGCUUUGGUGCCGUUUGGACUGAAGUUCAUUGGCACUGCUGGGCUUGGCGGCGGUGGAAAACAAAUAUCCUGCCACAGCAUGUGUUUUUACAGCCAGUGUCUUGUUAUUGUCUGUAGCGAUCCUCCCCUGAAUGCCCUCGGGAGCAGGCCCCAGCAGCACCCCGAGAGGCAGAGCAUUAAAUUCCCAAAAUGUUA